AUGAAGAAGAGCGAGGACCAUGAAGAAGAGCGAGGACCAUGUAGAAGAGCGAGGACCAUGAAGAGGAGCGAGGACCAUGAAGAAGAACGAGGACCACGAAGAAGAGAGAGGACCAUGAAGAAGGCGAGGACCAUGAAGAAGAGCGAGGACCAUGAAGAGAUCGAGGACCAUGAAGAGAGAGAGGACCAUGAAGAAGAGCGAGGACCAUGA